AAAGUUUCUGUUCAUCAUCAAGUACCUGCAGAGAUAAGUUAUAUUGAAGAAGCAUCUGCAUCUAGAUGGCGUUAUCAAAGUAGAAUCAAAGUUAAGAAGGUUCGACAUAAGGUGUUCAACAAUUACCUUUCAAAUGCAGACCAUUAUGAUAAAACGAACUCUGAAAUAGCUAUAACUAAAAUAAAAGAGGUUGAGUAUUAUUUAAAAACAUCUGAAGUGAAUGAUACAUCAGAUGAAACAUUCCAAAUUGGUUUUUGUUGUCAAGAUGGGAUGGGAGUGAAAAAGAUGAACAUCAAAAGUUUUUCAGUUGUCGAAAAGCCUGCUAAUACGAGUAAUACGUAG